GGUGAGGGUAGCGAUGAGGGGAGAGGUGAGGAGAGAGGUGAGGGUCGAGGCGAGGUGAAGAGAGACGAAAGUGUCGAUGAAGAAGUAGGAAAAAGCAGACUGAGAAAUGGAGCGGGUAACGAGGUGAGUCGAGUUUAAGAUACGAGACGGCGGAGUGAAGAGGAGGAGGAGACUUUUACAAGUUCAGGAGGAUGAGGAGGUGGGGGACGCCAGAGAUGCGUUGAAACGAGACGGCACCGACACGCGGCAGUGAUCGAGUGAACACAGAGAUUACACAAAGAUGAGACGAGGUGAAGAGUGAAGAGGUGGUGUAGGUGGUGGUGGUGUAGGAGGUGAUGAUGAUGGUGGUGGUGUUGUAGGUGGUGGUGUUGUAGGUGGUGGAGGAGGUGAUGAUGAUGGUGGUGGAGGUGUAGGUGGUGGUGAUGGUGUAGGUGGUGGAGGAGGUGAUGAUGAUGGUGGUGGUGGUGGUGAUGAUGGUGGUGGUGGUGUAGGUGGUGGUGUAGGAGGUGGUGUAGGAGUUGGUGAUGGUGGUGGUGGUGUAGGAGGUGGUGGUGUAGGAGGUGGUGAUGAUGGUGUAGGUGGUGGUGGUGGUGUAGGUGGUGGUGAUGAUGAUGGCGCUGCUGCUGGAGGCGCUGCUGUCCACAGGGGCGCUGUUUCUCCGCGUGUACGAGGCCGCGUGCUUCGUGCUCGAGCUGCACUUCGCCCUCGUCUCGGCGCUGCUGCAGACGCUGCGCCUGCUGCUCGGCCUCCCCGGGGCCGCCCUCGGCCUCGUCUCCUCCGGGGCCGCGGGCCUCCUCACGGCCUCCUGCCGCGCCGCGUGCGGAGGCCUCGCGCUGCUGCGCGGCCUCGGCCUCGACUGCCUCGGCGCUUUGAUGGCCUUGCCCGGGGCGACGGCGGAGGCCGCACUCGCCGCGGGCCGCCUGCCGGCCUCGGCCGCCCUCGGGCUCGCCGGGGGGUUCCGCGCGGCCGUCGAGGCCCUCGGCAACGCGGGAGCGGCGUUCGUGGCCGCCGUGGGGUCCACGGGGUCCGCGGUGGGGGGCGCCGUGGUGGCCACGGGGUCCGUCGUGACAAACGCGGUGGAGGCCACGGCGAGCGGGGCCAUCGCGUCGGCGAUGAGCGCCGUGGGUGCCGUCACGGACACGCUGAGCGGGGCCGUCGCCGCCACUGGGGGUGCAUUCGCGACCCUGCUGAACGCGGCAGGGUCGGUCAUCGGGUGGUCGGUGGAGGUCGCCGCGGGCUCCGUCGCGUACACGCUGGGCCUCGCCACAGGUGCCCUGGGAGCCACUUCAGCUGUCGCGACGGCCUCCCUCUCAGCCGCCGUGGACUUUUGGCUCUUCGCGCUGCGGUUGCCGCUCCGUCUGCUGACGAUUUCGUUCGGCGCCGUGGCGACGGCCGUCACGCUGCAGGGGCUCUUCGUGAGCGUGGCGCUGAUCGGCCUCAGCGUCUGGUACCUGAGCCCGCAGCCGCGGAGGCGGGCGGCGGUCUACGCACGCGUGCCACGGCCACGGCUCCGGCUAUCCGCGGCGUUGCGCGUUGCCUUUGCGAACCUGACGGGGCUGAUCCGCACGGCGCUGCGGCGGACAGCCCAGGGCAGACACCGCCAGCGGCUCGAUGUCUACCCGGCCCCGGUGCCGGCACGGAUCGACGCUCUGCGCCCGGAGCCACUCCCGGAGCCACUCCCGACGGAGCCGGUGCCGGACGAGCAGCACGAGGCGGAGGAGGCGGCGGCGGCCGUCGCGGCUCACGAGCGGCUGCGAGGUGAAGCCGCGCGGAAUGGCAGCGGCGAGGCCGCGGUCGUGAGGCAGCAGCCGUGGGAGCAGCAGGAGUUUCCACGGCAGGAGGAGGACGAGGAGGAUGAUAAUCACAAGAGCUGCGUAAUUUGCCAGGACCAGCCCAAGGGAACGGUGCUGCUGCCUUGUCGUCACCUGUGCCUGUGCAGCGCGUGCGCGCGUACCAUCAUGCGUGGACCAUUCAACCAGCAGAAGUGCCCUCUGUGCCGGAAAAUGAUCGUCCACACCAUGGAUGUGUUUAUGUAGCAGAUCUGGGGUCAGUUCUAAUGACAAUUACGCAAUGGAGUUUAACAAUUGCUUUUGUGGGUGGCAAUUCGUUUUUGAAUUGCACGAUAACAGUUGUAAUUGACCCCGAGGUCGCUCCCUCUCUCUCACCCACCGUCUUACCAGAGCAAUGUGAAGUCACGCCUGGCUUGGGGUCGUCACUGGAGAGGGCACCUCGACCGAUCUUUGCCGAGCAUUCCAAACUGAGCAUCCGCUAAUGUGAAAAGGUGUCCACGUCGUGAAAGAUGGACUAUGAACUCCGAGGUCUUUGGGACCACUUUUGGUGGGCACGCGUGGGGUUUUGUUAAAUCUUACAGCCAGCGACUGAUGGCACACCGCCGGUGAGGCAAAAGAGACCCCGAGGGUAGCAGCUCCUGCAGCUAGUUGCCCCCCUCAAGGAAUUUUCUCCAAUUAAUAGAUCACAUUUUUGUCCAAACAGUGCUUCCCUUGGGUUUCAUUUGCUGACAUUAAGGGAUUGCGCACUUUUUUUCGUUUAGCGUUAGGGGGUUUGGAUUAUAGGUUAGAUUCUUGGGGUUUUGAGUUUUGGGUUAUGUUUAUUAGCCACUAAAACUGCAUUUUUUUGCCACAAAUUUGUAGGGACAUAAUUUCAAAAGACUGAUUUUUUUGCCAUGCAUGAUAUCUUGGCCAGUUUUAAAAUGAGCAGUUUUCUUUUUUAAAGUGUCGUUGAACGUGUGCGCCGGACUGCGUUUUUGCACGCGCGUCUUUUAUCACUGGAUCGUUGAUGUGUGAAAUGCUACUGUGCCCGGUGCGGUGCACUAAUGUGCUGUCGAACAGCAGUGCACGAUUUGCUUAAUUGCGGACAACUGGAGUUUUUUUGUUGUUGUUGUAGCCCGUGUUGCCCAUGGGAAAUCGGCUCGAUGCAAGCUUGCUGCAUGCACAUGGGCUGCAUAUUUGUUGGAGCCAAAUUAAACUUAACUGAAGUAAAAAUAUAAAUGUUAAUUGAAACAAAUUCUCAAGAAAACAAUUGGCUAAAUCUUGAUUUGAAGCUUUCGUGACUGCAGGAAUCCAUACUCGUUGAUUCUUUCGGUAAAGUCACGUAGGUAAUAAAAUAAAACAAAAAAUUAUACAUCACGACGUUUCGAUCGCAACACAAGCGGUCGUCCUC